UUGAUGGACAUAAAAAACCACACAGGUACUCACAUUAUAAUUAAGCUUAUAAUGGGAAGAGAGAUGGAACCUUUGGUUGUUGGGAGAGUGAUUGGUGAAGUGUUGGAUUACUUCAUCCCAAGCAUCAAGAUGGCAGUGUCUUACAACUCCAACAAGUUGGUCUUCAAUGGCCAUGAGUUCUACCCUUCUGCACUCACAUCCAAACCAAGAGUUGAAGUUCAAGGAGAAGACCUCAGAUCUCUUUUCACACUACUUAUGACAGACCCAGAUGUUCCAGGUCCUAGUGAUCCGUAUCUGAGAGAACACCUUCACUGGAUUGUGACAGACAUUCCAGGCACAACUGAUGCAUCUUUUGGAAGGGAAGUGGUGAACUAUGAAAGUCCCAGGCCGAACAUAGGAAUCCACAGGUUCAUAUUUGUUCUGUUUAAGCAGAAGAAAAGACUAUCUGUUAGCGCACCGGCAUCGAGGGACGGCUUCAACACCCGUCAGUUUGCAGAAGAAAAUGACCUUGGCCUCCCAGUUGCUGCAGUAUAUUUCAAUGCUCAAAGGGAGACUGCUGCCAGGAGACGCUAAUCAUCAUCAUGCAACUCAAUUGAUUAAUAAAUUCAAGGAGAGACCUUAAUUACCUUAUGUUACUAGCAAUACUACUCUCCAAUGUCUAUCUUGCAUGUAUUUUCCAUAUGAAAAAGAAU